UCUUUGUCCGCUUCUUCUUUCUUCUUCUCUUUAAGCAAAGCUUUCUCCAGUCUCUGCACCUGUUAUUAACAACUCAAAAUUAAUGGGGAAAUGAAGAAGAAAAAUGCAUAUAAAAGAGUAAAAAGGAGAUUAGGCAACCAGAAAGGGCUUGGUUCCGGUGGUGUCAAGCUCACGCUUGGCGAGUUCGGCUCGGAGCUGUCUUACUCGCCAUUUUUUUCUCUCUUUAACAAGCAGAGAAAGGUAGAAUUCGUUUCAGAUUGUAGGAAGAAAUGGAGGGUUAUAGUUUUAUACAGUGGGGAAUGUGACUCAAAACUCUGUCGUUUUAACAGCUCUCGGAGCAUGAUACUGGCGCGUCUUCAAAAAAUCAAAACUUCCUUCUCAUCACGUCGUCGUUCGAGUUAAAAAUAAAUCGUGUCGAGCAAUCUUUUCAGAUAUCGGGCCGAAUCCCGUGGGCUCAGAAGAUAAGGCCCUCUGAGAAUUGCAGAUCCAGGAAAACUGAAAAAGUUUAGAAACCUUUGUCUGUACGAGGAAGGGGAAAAAUUAAACCUUGAAUUUGUUUAUGUUUAAGGCAGAUUGAAAUCAACUUUUGUGAAGGAAAGCAUGAGUGAAAGGCAAGAGCUUCAGUCGGAUCCGCAGAUUCAAUCGUCUCAAGGUUCAAGAGAAGACAUGAUUUCUUGGGUGGUGGCGUUGGAGACGGCUUUGCUCCCGUGCUUGCCUGCCAGAGAGCUUCAAGCUAUCGACCGUUCUCCCCAUCCUUCUCAUCAGAUUGAUGUAGAGAGACAUGCUAGAGAUUUCAUGGAAGCUGCCAAGAAGCUGCAGUUAUACUUUAUUGGCCUGCAACGUGAGGAUCAGCCAUCUAGGGCUGAAAUGCUCAGAAAAGAAAUUGUGACAAUGGAAGAAGAGUUGAAGGUAAAGUCUAAGAUCGUCAAGAAUAAAGAGAAACUGAUCCAGCGAUGGAGGAAGGAUUUGACAGACCAACUGGACAAGCACAAUACUGAACUGGAGAGAGUAUAGGAUGUACUAAUCUCUAAGGUUAUUUUGUUUGAGAUUGGUUUGAGGUAGGGUCUUACUUUACUACCAAUCAUGUUGCCGCUCGGUGGUGCUAUAAUUUUUUUUUUCUGCCUGUGUGAUUGUAGAAAGCACCAUUAACUCAAUCCAUCCGUAUACUAAUUUAGUCUUUUUACUAAAA